AUGUAUCUUGCUAUCUUCCUCACAAGCUUGCUCCCCAGCUUGCCCAUCACACUUUCAGCUCCUGUAUCGACCACUCCCGAACUCUACGGCGAGCCAUACAACUGCGGUUACGUUCUCACCAUUCGGAACAGUAGCGCCUAUGCCGGUAUCUCAGCAUACCCUCCAGCUCAGGCCGAGUGUACAGCAAUCUACUACAAUGAGACGAUCCCGGGAUUUCAAGAUGCGAGCGAAGAAGACUGCAAAGGAGCAACCAAUCCCCCUAUGUAUGAGGGACCUACCGGGGAACCCGGCGAUGAACCCUGCUUCGAGGAUCCCAAUCCCAAGUGGUACAGGUGUGCAACCUUGGGUUGA